AUGGCAUCUGCAUCCUCACAGGCCCAGACUCUCACAGGCCCAGCUCCUACUACUACAUCGCUUAGUACAUCCACCGAGCCAUCACCGCUUAUUCGCUCAGGCCAGUAUGCACAGCCUAUGCGGCUGUGGAAGGACAUGCCUUCCGAUUGGCUGUCUGAGCGCACGCGGGUACACGACAAAUGGCUGACUGAGGGAGUACGACGGAAGGAGAAUCUCCAGGAGGCCCAGCAACAACGGCAGCGAUCCAUCUCGCUGAUAUGUUGGACAAGUCCAGAUACUGAGGCUUUGGAGUUAUCUCCAGUCGUCGUGCCCACGUACCCUUCGUUCCGAAUCACCGACCACGACGACAUCUUUCAACUCGUAUGUCCAUCACGGCAAGAUGCGACCAAGGCAUACUAUCAAGUUUACGACCCUUCGAAGAACAAGUGGCCCAUCUCACCGGCCAUGAGUUUCCGCGAUGUACAGAAUGUGGCGACUCUGCUACUACGUACGAUUCCUUCGCUCGCCGAUUCAACGUUUGAUGCUACAUGCUAUCCAGGCAUGGUGGCAGCGAUGCAGUCGCUCUGUAAAAAGCGCACCGUAGGGUCAUUAGACGACCCCGCGAUACCAUUCAAUGCACCUGUCGCUAAGCGGCCUCGGCUCACGAGUAUGUCGGAGUCGUCAGACACACUCUCUGUUCCCACUGCGCGGCCACACACACACUCAUCGCCCGGGCCUGAGCCUGUUGCAAGGCACAACGAGCAUAUCUGGCCCCGUGUUGCGAUGGCCAAUUGGAGGGCUCACUCUAGCUCUACAGCUGAGCCAGACUCGUCUUGUGAUCGCACCCUGCCAGCAGUAGACGAGGAGCCAGAGGAUGAUGAGCUCUCGGCGGCCCAUACUACCCCUGUUGCACCCUUGGUCCCUGUCCCGUCCGAGCCACCUGUUACUCGUACUCCUGGGAAGUCAUCUAACUCAGUCAGCGACGAGCCUCUGCAAACAAUCCCACGCGGCUUCCAGGUACGACGAUACAUGGGCGCCAAUGUCUCGUUCCCGAAGAGCCUCCCAUUCGUGUCCAUCUACAAUGGGCUGAUCAAGGUCCACACGAUGCUCACAGCACAGCGUAACCCACAAAUAAAGCGGGAGGUUGCAUGCGAAGCAGUUUGGCCCGGCUACCAGUGGAAGGGUAAGCGAGCAAAAGGGUACGAUGAUGCUCGAAACGAUCUCGGGCGUGGCGAUGCCCAUCUGUGGCAGCGUGCCCUCAACACCGAGAACGCACUCUGGGGCGAUUACACACGGUGCUUGACAUCGCUUGGACGCGGUAUAUCGAAAUCGCCCCGCUUCCCUUGGGACAAAGACGAUGCUAAUAGCCUUUCGUCUCUCGCAUCGAUCCCUCAGGCCCACUCGGAGCCUCGUUCUACGUCAAUCGCUCAAGUGGACGAACCCUCGCCGCCCUCUGUUGAUCCCCGGGCCAGUGCUGCUCCCGAGCCUGAGGCACUGCCUUCCGAACCUGUCAAUGCCGAGUCGUCUCCGAGUCCUUCCACGACAGCAAGUCCGGGUCCUGCACCCCUGCCACUGCUGGGUGACUUCGCUGCCCAUACAGACGGGCGUCGGUCUGGGCUAGAAGCCGCCCAGUUGGCUGGCUUAGGCUCGCCACCACCUUCAGCCGAAGUUGCCCGACACCAGGCGUCAGAGCUUCUGUCUCUGCAAGCAAUCGUUCCACAUGACGUCCCAUUGCUACUUCAGCCAGAUGUCGCUCACUCGCCGCCCCAUGCUGAUGCCAUUCCCGGCUCCCCUCAGGUGUAUGGGCUACAGUCUACGCUAGCGAUUGCACAGUCACAUGACCUAGAGCCGCUACCUUCCGAGUCGGACAUUCCUCAGGCAAGCGAUCCAGCGGUCGUUGCUCAAGCAAUCGGGGCCAUGCUCGCCCAGGACACCAUCUCGUCCAAAGUUCAAGCCAUAUGUUCGCCUCAUGCGGCCAAUAUUCAGCCAACUGGCCUCUCGCCGCUAUGGUCGGAUACUCGCGUGUACCCGAUGUACAACCCAACCCCUCCGUCUUAUAUUCCCGAAUCGCCCGGCUCGGAGCUGCCGUCGUAUUUUGGCGGUGGCUGGGAUGGCGAGACGUUUGGUUUACUAGAGCACAAUGUCGUCGGUAUGGAUUCUUUCUCCAAUGACUUUGCACAAUCAGUACCUGAUGGUGCGGUUGAAGCCCUCUUCGAUCACGAUCACAACGUCGGACAAUCUGCUGCUAGUGACUAUACAGGAAGUGCAUAG